GCCAGGGUUUCAUCCUGCGGUGGCUCACUCUCUUUCUUUGGCAUUAUAGCUGCAAAAGUUUAAUCAGGAUGACCAACUUGCACUACACGCACCCCCGUAACUACGGCAAGGACUCGCGCCACUGCCGCACGUGCGCCACGACCCGUGGUCUCAUCAGCAAGUACGGCCUGAACAUGUGCCGCCGCUGCUUCCGUGAACGCGCCACGCAGAUUGGCUUCAUCAAGUACCGGUAAAUUAGCACCAUGGCCUCGCGCGCCCGGAUUUGUUGGAGAGACAAGGCCGCCGCGCGAUGCGCAGCUUCCGACUUCGGUGCUGUGGAAAGAAAGGGACAUCCAUACCAAAGUGGCGUCGUGACCGCUGUUGUCUGGAUUUAACACGUUCGUGGUAACAUGGUCAUUGCGCUAUA